AUGCCCCAAGACCCGAAUACCCCUAUGAUCAGAGUUUGUCACCCCUGCGAUCUCGAGCUCGAAGACCGCGAUCCAGACCUUGAGGAAGUUUCACGCUCCAGGUCAAAGACGAAUACUUCUGUACUCCGAGACCAUGGCCUCGAUACUCCCGAGACCGAAGACCAUCACUCCACCUCCGAACAAACUCUACUCACCCGACCGAAUACUCCUCCAGCAAGAGAGAAACCGAAGCAGACCAAAGCUCCAGGAAGAAUCGCCCGAAUAGUGGACACAUGGUUUUACGAAUGCCUCACGAUGAUCUUCAGCCUAGCCUGCUUCGUCGCCGUGAUCUGCCUUCUUUUCUUCACAGACGGAAAGCCCAAACCAAACCUCGCACGCGGCCUUACCCUGAACGCCAUCGUAUCCCUCCUCGGUACCGCCUGCAAAUCGUCGCUGCUAUACGUGAUCGGAGAAUGUGUCGGACAACUGAAAUGGAUCUGGUACUACAAAGGCGCCGGGAAGAAGAAGCUCGGGGGGAUCCAGCUCUUCGACAGCGCAAGUCGCGGCCCGCUGGGAUCUGCUCUGGUUCUGGCUCAGCACCGGUGCCGCUCUCUAGUAUCCCUAGGAGCACUGGUGAUCGUGCUCGCGCUGGCGUUUGAUCCGUUCAUGCAGCAGCCCUUGACGUAUCCACUGCGUGAGGUCAGGGCCGAGAAUUCUAGCAGCGCCGUGGCGCCACAAGCGGCUGUUCUCCUCCCGGAGCUUCUAGGCUCAGAUACUCGAUCCAUCCUGUAUACGGGGGUAUGGUCGGACGACUUCGAAGUGCGUCCUUCGUGUCCGUCGGGGAACUGCACGUGGGCACCGUUUCAGUCGGUGGGGAUGUGCAGCAAGUGCGAGGACGUGACUCGGUCCACUACAAUGACCUGGACGGACGCGCGUGUCAACCUCAGCAAGCUUGAGAGGGUGACGGCACAGAUCCAGCUCGAGCUGCCGCAGAAAGUGUACCUGGAGGAGCUCCCCGUCUACUCGGUGGUCGUGGACUCCUACUCGGUGCCCGUGGACCCCGACUCGGCGGCCGAUUCAGGCACUGAGACCUUUUUGAGCUUUCCAAGGCGAAUGCUCUGGUCGCCAUUCUCGGUAUUUUCAUAUGCGAGCCUAUCGUCGAAUUACUCGUACCUGGGCGUUCGGAACCCGCUGUAUGUCCUGGCCCAUGCGGAGCUGGACUUUGCGGACAAGGCCGUGGCCAGGCAGGGUGACAUGCUCGAUCUCGAGAAGACCUUGGUGCUCAAGAAUGUGACGCAGUGCAUCCUCUCCCCGUGCGCCAGGACGUACCGCUUGUCCAUCUCCAAUGGAGACUUCACGCGCGAUGUCUCGGAGCCGGACUACGGGACGAUGUUUGACAACCCCUACAGCGACGACUCGCUCCCCUGGCCCUCACGCUUCUGCUGGAAAGCAGGAACUGGCACCAAUGGUUCUGUCGAAGUCGACAUGGUCAACAUUACGUCCUCGAGCUUUGUCAACACGACUAAGCACGCAUUCUGCCCGGUUGAUACUUAUCGCGUGUCUAAUUACUUCAACGAGAAGCACACCGAAGAAUAUAGAUCGCGGGAGCUAUCGGAGGUGGAAUCUUACUUCGCAGAGACCCCGGAGAACCCCAAUACCCCGUUCCUCGACCGCAUCGCAAUGGUGGGAUUGGAAGAAGUUGUUGGCAAUGUUGCCGCCUCGUUUACAAAGGCUGGUCUCACUGCCCGCGGCCAGAAUGGAACGAAGGUCAUGGUGCCUGGCACUAUGAGCUCCAUGGAAGUAUAUGUCUCCGUGCGGUGGCAGUGGCUUAUCUUCCCUGCUGCGCUGGUCGUGAUGGCACUUGUAUUUUUGGCGUUGACAAUUACUGUGAAUAGGCGGCAAGGCCUGAGGUUGUGGAAGUCGUCUGUUCUGGCUCUUUUGUUUCAUGGACUUGAGGGGGUGCGCUGGGAGGAUGAGUGUUACAGUCAGAAUCUUGCAAUUGCGAGUCAGAUGGAUUUGACGGCGCAGGAGGUGAAGGUUAAGCUGGAGGCUCUGAAUCAGCGGAGGGGGCUUGUGCUGAAUUGUCUUUGA